CCCGUCUGUGUGAUCCCCUCAGCCUUGCAGGCUCGUUCCUGCCUCAAACAUGCCUCUUUUGCUCCCCGUCCACGCCUGGAAGAGCUGGCGCGAGAGAAUCCGACAUUUCACCUGGGCCUGGUAUGCCGUGAUCAUGGGCACGGGCGUGUGCUCUGCCCUCCUCCACAACUUCCCGUACCACAAUGAUAGCCUGGCGCUGAAGGUCGCUGCUCUCUGCAUGUUCCUCCUCAACCUUGUGCUCUUCGUAUUUGUCUCCAUAUGUACGGUCCUCCGGUACAUCAUGUUCCCAGAGGUCUGGUGGAUGAUGUUGUCACAUCCGGCACAAAGUCUUUUUAUCGGGUGUUUCCCCAUGGGGGCCGCUACUUUGAUCAACGCCGCAUUGAACAUCAACCAAGACUGGGGAUUCGGCGGCGACGCCUUCCUCUGGACUCUCUGGGGAUUCUGGUGGCUGGACUCCGCCGUUUCCUAUGCAAUCGCUUUCGGAAUGCUCUACACCAUGAUGGUUCGACAAGAGCAUUCGCUACAGAAGAUGACUGGAGUGUGGCUGCUCCCCGUGGUCACCCUCGUCGUCGCGUCGUCAACAGGAGGUCUCCUGUCCAACGCGCUCGUUAAGCACUCUACCACGGUUGCCCUCGUCACUACCGGCUUCUCCUUCACCAUGGUCAUCAUCGGUCUGGGCUUCGCGCUCAUGAUCACCACCGUCUACCUCCUCCGCCUCAUCACGAGCGGACCUCCCGACGCCUCCCUCAUCCUCUCCGCAUUCCUCGCGCUCGGGCCGCUCGGGCAAGGGGGCUUCUCGCUGCUCGUGAAUGGCCAGGACCUCUCCGAGCUCCUCCCGCUGCACAUGGGCAACGAGUUCCCGACCAUCGCGCUCGCCGGCCAGAUGAUCUUCGCGGGCUGCUUCCUGGGCGCGUUCGUGCUCUUCUCCCUCGGCGUCUCCUGGAUCAUCCUCGCCGUCGUGUCUAUCUGGCACGUCAGGGCGCGCUCCCAGAUCCCAUUCUCGAUGGCGUACUGGGGCCUCAUUUUCCCGAACGGUGUGUUCGCGCUUCUGUGCGUCCAGCUCGCGAAGGUGCUCGACAGCCCUGUUUUCAGAGCGAUCGGCGCAGCGUGGUGCGGUGUCGUCUUCACCCUGUGGAUCACCGUCUUCCUCCGCAGCAUCCCCGCGUUCAUCGACGGGUCACUGUUCAAGGCGCCCUACGUGCCCGACCUCCAACCUCCGCCCACCAAACACAUCGACGCGGAGAAGGGCUUUGUCAUCGGCGUCGGCGUCGUUGACGGCCCCGACGCGUCCGCGUCCACCGUAGCCCUCUGAGUCUAGCCUACCCCAUGCUAUCCACUAAUCGGUUCGUAGUCCCCAACGCAUACUUCACUUCCUGUCCUUUCCCGUGCCCCGGACCUGGAUGGAUUGUACUAUACGCAGGGCGCACGGUAGAUCUGGCGAGCCUCGCGUCGUCCUUCAUUUGUAUCAUUGCGGAUAGAGUGCCGGCCACCGGACCCUCCAGAGUCAGAGUCAGUCCUUGUGUGUUGUGCCCCCAAUCAUUUACUAUAUAUUGUGUGCUGUACCGAGUAAUCUUGUACUACGAUACGCGUGCCUCUCCCAUCUCUCCUCAAGCC